AGUGGCACGCGGAACGCCGCGAGAUGCACAUGUGUGUGUAUAGAAUUAACGGAAAAAUAUUUUCGAAAACCGUUACAUAAAUUAAAUACAAAAAAAAAAAAAUUUUUUUAUCUUUGAAUUACGAAUGUGACGUUUACGUGUUGUGUUUUGUGAGUUGAACGAAAUACAUUGACUAGUUUGUUGAAAAUUGUGUAUUAUGUGCGGAAGUCUGACUACAGAGCUGUUUGUUGUCUCAAAAAAUGUGUUUUAUUUUUUUAAAUCGCAUGCCAUUUGAUAUGUUGUUAGCGUGAUAUUCGGGAAUCGCAUAUUUAUUUUCAAUUUCAAAUGAAUCAUCGUGAUAAUUUUUUUGAUAAGAUAAACUAAAUUAUAAUAGUCGAUUUAAGUUACUAAAAAGUUUUCUGCGAUGGACAAUUACGCGAAAAUGUUACAAAUGGGCAGCUCUCUAAAUUUAGAAAUUAAUCUAUUGAAAUUGAUUUGGAUUACGUCCAUGAUUACAAUAUUUAUUGGCGAAGUAAAAAACGGAGAUCCAGAACCAACGACAGCAAAAGAACUAAGACCAGAGUACAUACAUCCAGAUGGCCUACUAACCUUCGACCCUUACCUUUCUGACAUAAAACCUCAAGAGGAAGAAGAAGAAGACGAUUAUAUACCUUUACCAGAAAACGAUGAAACCAUUGAUGGUCUUCCAAUAUUCUUAUUAGAACCUAAAAACUCGUAUGUCAUUAGGAAUAAACCAGCCACGAUUCUCUGUAGGGCUGCCAAUGCUCUUCAAGUGUUCUUCAAAUGCAAUGACGUGAGAACUGAUAAGACAGUACAAUACGAACACGUGGAUCCUCAGAAUGGAGUGAGGGUGGUCGAAGCAGAGCUAAAUGUGACCAGAAAUGAGUUAGAUGAAUAUUUCGGUGGAAAAUACGGGUGUGAGUGCUACGCUUGGAAUAGUAAAGGGCGGAUUCGCAGUCAGUCCAUUUUCAUCGAAUACGCUUUCAUCAAGAAGCAUUUCGUGCAGCAACCGCAGUCAGCGACAGUCGAAUCAGGCAAGAGCGUCACAUUCCGAUGUAUUCCGCCACAAGCCACACCAGCUCCAAGUCUCAAAUGGACAAGAAAUGGAGUGCCUAUUGAGGCAAAGGACGAAAAUUUAGUGCUUCCUAAUGUUGGGUUGCAGGACAUGACAAACUACACCUGUAUAGCUGAGAACGUCGCCGGUCGGCGCGAGUCGAACGUGGCCGUGCUCUCUGUAUACGUAAAUGGAGGCUGGUCAGCCUGGUCUCCGUGGAUGCCGUGUCGUUGCGGCUCCAGAAUUAGCGGAAGACGUCGCACGAGAACUUGCACAGAGCCUCCGCCGGCCAACGGAGGAGCGCCCUGCAGAGGCCAGGCCUCGCAGAGCGACGAGGAAUGCUUACGAUGUCAGACCGAAGGUUCAUGGUCUCCGUGGAGUGCCUGGUCCACUUGUAGUGGAGACUGCGUCAGGGUCCGUCGGAGGGAGUGCACCGGAGAGUGUACCGGGUCUACCUUGCAACAUGCCACUUGCGUCGAUGGCAUGUGUCCCGCUGGCCUGAGGCUGUAUAACACUAACGACGUCACUAUGUACGUGGGAGUUGGCAUCACGGUGGCGAUGCUGGUGGCGGGAGCUACCAUCCUCUACGUCUGGUGCAGAUUUAGGAGCAGGCCCGGCUACACCGCCGCCAGGGCAGGUACUCCAAAACACAUCGGUCGAGAUAAAGGUAACGCAGGACCGGACUUGACGAGGGCCUGCAACGAGUAUUGGAUGCAGGGGCCCGACAAUCAUUACGACAUGCCUCACGUGAGAGACAGUUAUUCUACCCCGUUUGGAAACAGAAGUAGACAUCAGUCGUCCAUGGGAAGUAAUCACUACGAGAUGAAACCGUACAGCCCUUCGGGCGAAUCCGCCUCUAGCUGCUACACAAAUUCCCGAACAGUGACCUCGAGGUCCAGUGAAUGUUCCUCAUCCCAAUUAGCAGAUUUGGUGACCGGAACCCCCACCCCGGUGUCCAAGGUCGACGUGGCGGUCACCAUGCCGACCAGCCACACAGACAACAGCUACAGAGACAAAAUAUGCUUGACCAUAGUUAAAUAGGGAACGAGAGUUUGAGGGUAGUCGACAAUGCUUGAAGUACACUGCCGGCUUUGCGAGCCGAUCGGAGGUCGGUGUGGAUCAAAACUAGUAUUGUAAUGCAUAUAAAAGAAACAGAACGCUCUUAUUAUAAUCUGGUUGUACUGAUCAAAGUAUUAUGACGAACUAAAGGCUUCGUCAAACAGAACGCGUACUUAGCGCGCGUCAGAGUGUUAAAUCGACGGCGCGCUACGACGCCAAGAUGUGUUUGUUGUACUGCUAUGGUAAUAUACUGUGAAACAGAGCGCCGUUGCUAUCAGUACGCAACGCUCUGUCGCGGCGUUAGGACGCUUUGACGCAGCGCUAAGUACGCGUACUGUGUAAUGAAGCCUUAAUAAGUUUUUUGCAAUUAUAAUCGUAAUCAAGGUGCGUACAAACUAUUAAGUUAAUCAGUCGUCUUGAAUUUGAUAGACAUUAUGUAAUAAUAAUAAAAAUUCGUUACAGAGAUAAAACAGUUCAAAGUAAUACUAUCCUUCAAAAAAAAUGUAUAAAGUUUUAACGAGAUAUAAAGUUUAGAACUAUUUCAAUUCUAACUUUUUUGUUUUAGUUUUCUAGACUCUGAGCACUAGGUCUGUCUCGUCCUGUGUGUUCUUAUAACUUCACAAACAACUUUACUUUAAGAUGUACGUUUCUCAUUAAUCUUUAUAAUUUGAAAUGUUCCUUUUUCCAGAUUAGUAAUUUAUUCAUUGUCAUAAAAUAAAAAGAUAGCGUUUAAAA